GAUCCCCGCGCCCCGCUCCCCCGGAGCCCCGCGCCCCGCGGCCCCGGGGCCCCCGCGGCCCCGCGCGCUGACCAGAUCCCGGCCGCGGAGGCCCACGACCGAUAGCGCCGCCUUCCUCCGCCCCAGUGGCGCCAUGGCCGCCCCCGACCUGUCCACCAACCUCCAGGAGGAGGCCACCUGCGCCAUCUGCCUUGACUACUUCACGGACCCGGUGAUGACCGACUGCGGCCACAACUUCUGCCGCGAGUGCAUCCGGCGCUGCUGGGGCCAGCCCGAGGGCCCGUACGCCUGCCCCGAGUGCCGCGAGCUGUCCCCGCAGAGGAACCUGCGGCCCAACCGCCCGCUCGCCAAGAUGGCCGAGAUGGCGCGGCGCUUGCACCCGCCGUCGCCCGUCCCUCAGGGUGUGUGCGCCGCGCACCGCGAGCCGCUGGCGGCCUUCUGCGGCGACGAGCUGCGCCUGCUGUGUGCGGCCUGUGAGCGCUCGGGGGAGCACUGGACGCACCGCGUGCGCCCACUGCAGGAUGCUGCGGAUGACCUCAAGGGGAAGCUGGAGAAGUCCCUGGAGCACCUGCGGAAGCAAAUGGAGGACGCACUGCUGUUCCAGGCCCAGGCUGAGGAGACCUGUGCCUUGUGGCAGAAGAUGGUGGACAGCCAGCGGCAGAAUGUGCUGGCGGAGUUCGAGCGGCUGCGUCGGCUGCUUGCUGAGGAGGAGCAGCACCUGCUGCAGAGGCUGGAGGAGGAGGAGCUGGAGGUGCUGCCCCCGCUCCGGGACAGCGCUGCCCGCCUGGGCCAGCAGAGCGCCCGGCUGGCCGAGCUCAUUGCCGAGCUGGAGGGGCGCUGCCAGCUGCCUGCGCUGGGGCUGUUGCAGGACAUCAGGGAUACCCUGCGAAGGGUCCAGGAUGUGAAGCUGCAGCCGCCGGAGCUGGUACCGAUGGAGAUGAGGACAGUGUGCAGGGUUCCGGGGCUGGUGGACGCCCUGCGCAGAUUCCGAGGGGACGUGACCCUGGACCCUGACACCGCCAACCCCGAGUUGGUCCUGUCGGAGGACAGAAGGAGUGUGCGCCGGGGGGACCUGCGGCAGGUGCUGCCCGACAGUCCCGAGCGGUUCGACCCCGGGCCCUGUGUGCUGGGCCGGGAACCCCUCACCUCUGGCCGCCACUACUGGGAGGUGGAAGUGGGGGAGCGGGCCAGCUGGGCGCUAGGGGUCUGCAGGGAGAACGCCAACCGCAAAGAGAAGGGUGAGCUGUUCGCAGGCAACGGCUUUUGGAUCCUGGUGUUCCUGGGCAGCUACUAUAACUCGUCAGAGCGGGCCUUCGCUCCCCUGCGGGACCCACCACGGCGCGUGGGCAUCUUCCUGGACUAUGAGGCUGGACACCUGUCCUUCUAUAGCGCCACCGAUGGCUCCCUCUUGUACGCCUUCCCUGAGACCCCCUUCUCAGGGACACUGCGAGCCCUUUUCUCGCCUCUGUCCAGCAGCCCGACCCCCAUGACCAUCUGCAGGCCAAAAGGCGGGCCUGGGGACUCCCUGGCUCCCCAGUGAGGGGGCCUCCCUGCUCCCGCUGGGAACCUGGGUGGCUCCGACUGUCUUCUGAGGUGGGGGAGCACUCUGCGUGGACCACAGAUAAGCGGAUAUGCUCUUGCUCCCGGAGGUGUGUCCCCGUGUGUGCGUGUAGGGGGACGCCCCCACUCCCAGCGUGAGGUCCUGAGCCUGUGCCCCCACCCCGCUCCCACAGCCCUGGAGCUGUUCCUCCAGGAAGCGGCUGCCAGAGGCAGCUCCGAGCCGCGCACCUGUGUGCCCUUCUGGAGAAGCGGGGGUGGGGUGGGCUUGGGUGAUUGGCAAACGGGCCCGAGAAUGCGGAGAGCAAGACACCCGAGCACCAUCUCCUCCCAACACAUGCCCCUCUGGGCUUUGGGCCCCAUCACAAAGGUUCGCUAGGGCCAGUAUGCGGGCCCCCAGGGUGAGCAGGCACUGAAGCCCCUGGUUCCUCUCUGAGCCACUCGAACCCCCAGGUUCGAGUCACCCUCACAUUCUCUCCUCGCUGGCCGGGGAGCCUCCUGGCCCAGAACUCAGCACACCUGGACCCUGUCCCUCUUGCUCUGCCUGGGAACAGGUGAGGCCUCAGAGAGCCCCCACCAUAUACACCUCGUUAGAGUCUGGGAUCUGUCUGCUUUGUUCACGUUUUGUCACCCUUCCUAAACGUGUGCCUCUGCUUCUUUGUACUCCGAGAUUUUAUUUAUUGUAGGGACUGUUCCUGCAGGAAAUAAACGGAGGUUGUCUGUAA